AAACAACGGUUUAACAGAUCGCUAAUUAAAAAAAAAAAGAAAACAGCUUUGCUACAGCGUCCAGCUACGCCCAACUCAGAGUCCGAGUUCGAGUCAAAGAUUCAUAAACCAUAGCGGAUUCGAAACAAUGCAAAAGGGCAGCGACGAUCAGGAAUUGAACAGUUUGAGAGCUUCAAUUGAGAUAUUGAAGUCAAUUUUAGAUCAACAGAAUCAAAGAAAGGUUAGUCUUCUCAAUGAAUUACAAAAUUUACAAGAGAGAAUUAGAAAGGAAGGUGCUGAUUCCAAAGUGCACCAAUUCGUAUCCCUUUUGGAGAAAUUAAAGACAAUGGAAAGACAAGAAUCUGAAAUUCAGUCUGAUUUUGAUGCAAAACGUUCUUCAUUGGAAGCUAAGGUUAGUGAUUUGGAGGAAAAUUUGGCAAAUGGGUCUGACAGUGAGACGCUCUCUCAUGGUUUAGAUGAUUCCAUAAAUGAAUCAUUGGAGAAGCUUAAUUCAGCAAAGAAGGAACUUGCAGCUAGAUUGAGGGCAAUAGUUUCCGUAAAGCGCCAGCUGGAUGAUGUGCCCUCCCAGUCAGAACUCAUCCAGUACGAACACCGGUUUUCAGAGCUGAAUGCUCAUAUUCAGGAAAAACUUCAACAAACUCGGAAAUUCUAUGCUACCUACAAUGCACUUUUAGAAAUUAAAGAGUUGAUGCUAAAGGAAACAUCCUUGCUGAAUUCCAUAACUUCACAGUUUCAGGAUGCCAUUGCUAGCACUGCUGGUCGCAUGAAAUUACUUGAGUCCAUGGAAGGAAUUGUAAAGGGCAGCCAACAGAAGCUAGAAAAGGUGCAACUGGGACUUCAGGAAGAGCAGAAGGUUUCUGAUGCUCUCAAAGAUAGGUAUACUGCUGCAGUAAUGGAGCAAAGACGCUGCUAUUCUCUCUUAAAAGCUUUUCAGGAGGAAUGUGCAAGGAAUGAGAGACUUCGAAGGCAGACUUCUGCCUAACUUCAAGUUGACAUGUGGAAGCAUCAUUUGUGCAGUCAAAGCCGCAAAUCGUAUGCCUGCUGGAAGUCUAAACGGGAUUAAUUAAGUGAUUAACUUCGGAAAUUGUUGGGUGGAGAUCAAAUUUUCCUCCCCAAUCAAAAGCAAAUUAUCAAGCCUGCCACUGGUAUACAGUUCUCUUGCUUUUCAUAUACAACUGAUGAUUCCACAUUUGUGCUGCAUCAUCUCACCAAAUUCCACACAAACAUUUUUCACAUGAAUUGACACCACAAUGACUGAGAUAUACCAAUUCUCAUUAUUAAAUAGUUUGCUGAUAUUGCUGUUUAGAAUUAUUAGAAAUUGGUAUUUAGGGUGGCGCUAUCACAUCUAUGUGUGAACUGUUAAUAUUACAGUUUUUUUCUUUCUUUGAUAAUGUUAAUAUAAGAGUUAGAAUGACAACCAUAACAUUAUCCCCUUGCAUUUUUUGUCUAACAUCUGACAAGUUGUUCUUAAUGCUAGAUAAGUCAUUAGCUUACUGCAUCAUCGUCAUUGUCAUCGUCGUACUAAUAUUGAAAGCAAAGCAAGCUGGGAUUUUUUUUUUUUUAUUUUUUUUUGCAUAUUUAAGAAUAAGCCACCACCAUCAAGUCUAUCACAAGCAAAUGUUCAAACCAACCUUUACCCAAAGGCAAAUAAAGAAAAGAAUAAAC